CGCCCAUAUACAUAUAUACAGACAUACACACACACGCACAUAAAUAUCCCCGAUCGUAUAGCAAACAGUUAUCAGAAAAUGGCCGGAAAACAAAGCGUCGUGUUCUUGGUGAUUUUGUGUGCCGCAAUGGCCGGAAGUGCUUCAGCUCAAAGUGCUACUAACGUGAGAGCCACGUACCACCUCUACAACCCGCAGGACAACAACUGGGAUUUGCGAGCCGUGAGUGCCUUCUGCUCGACGUGGGACGCCGACAAGCCCUUGGAAUGGCGCAGCAAGUACGGAUGGACCGCUUUCUGUGGCCCGGCAGGUCCGACCGGACAAGACGCCUGUGGAAAAUGUCUGCUAGUGACAAACACCGCGACCGGAACUCAGGCGACGGUGAGGAUUGUCGACCAGUGCAGCAACGGAGGGCUGGACUUGGACGUGAACGUGUUCAACCAGAUAGACACGGACGGAAGCGGGUAUCAGGCGGGACACCUUACAGUUAACUACGACUUUGUCGACUGUGGGGACUGAAUUACUUAAACUCGAGCUAGCUCUUGCAUCUAUUAUGAAUUAGCAAGGGAGCUGUCUUAUAAAUGUAUACUAAGACAUGAAUAAACUUCAUAGAUACAUGAAGGAUGGAAUAAAUCAACAAAAAGUGAUGUUAUUGCUUCUUGAUUAAUAAUUAAACUACGACUAUGGUGAUUACAUUGCACCUUGUAUUAGUAUC